AUGGGAAGAAAUAGUUUGAGAACCUUUGUUAUGGUUGUGGUUAUUGUUUUGACAUCGUUGUUCGCCGUUGUUCCGACGUCUAUGGCCCAGCUUCGGCAAGAUUUUUACGCUGAUGUUUGUCCUAACGUUGAGAGCAUAGUUCGAAAUGCUGUCACGAAGAAGUUCCGACAAACGUUUGUUACUGUUCCCGCCACCCUACGCCUCUUCUUUCACGACUGUUUUGUUCAAGGAUGUGAUGCGUCAGUAAUGAUUGGUUCGGACGGAGGUAAUACAGUGGAGAAGGAUCAUCCUGAUAACCUUUCAUUAGCAGGAGAUGGAUUUGAUACGGUGAUUAAAGCGAAAGCUGCUGUGGACGCUGUGCCAGAAUGUAGAAAUAAAGUGUCGUGUGCCGAUAUUCUCGUGAUGGCUACUCGAGAUGUGAUUUCAUUGGCUCGAGGACCAUCAUAUGCAGUGGAGCUAGGGAGAAAGGAUGGGCUUGUUUCAAGGGCUUCAGAUGUGGAAGGCAAAUUGCCAAAGCCAAGCUUUAAUCUCAAUCAGCUCAAUGCCAUGUUUGCUGCCAAUGGCCUUUCCCAGACUGACAUGAUUGCUCUCUCUGCUGCGCACACGGUCGGAUUCUCCCACUGCAGCAAAUUGGCAAACAGAAUAUACAAUUUCAGCCGUACAAAUCCAGUGGAUCCAACGCUGAACCCAACCUACGCAAGCAGGCUUCAAGAGAUGUGCCCAAGAGACGUGGAUCCAAGGAUAGCCAUAAACAUGGACCCAAACACACCCACAAGGUUCGACAAUAUGUACUUCAAGAAUCUGCAGCAAGGAAUGGGCCUCUUCACUUCCGACCAGGUGCUCUUCAGUGACACAAGGUCUAGACCCACUGUCAAGGUUUGGGCUCAUAGUGGACAAACCUUCUACACUGCCUUCGUUACUGCCAUGACCAAGUUGGGUCGUGUCGGUGUCAAGACCGGAUCCGAUGGCAACAUUCGCACUGACUGCGGUGCUUUCAACCCUUGA